AUGAACCGCGGCGAACCCUCAGACGACCUAUCUAAGAUUAGGGGGGAGAUCCUCAGUAGUGGUGACCCUUUCACUCUUCCACGGACUGAUACAUGUACCGAAUGCUCAUACGGGAAAGUUGACUCCUGGGUCUGGAACGAAGUCUCCGAAAAAUCCUUUCUUUCUCGUCCACUCAGGGGGGUGCGGACACACCUGCGCGGAUUACAGGUGACGGUUACAAAAAUGGCGGGGAAGUGA